AUGCGUUUGCUGCAAUUUAUAAAUUUCAGGGGAAUUUCAGCGGGAAACAUAAGGCACUUGAGCACUACUGCAAAUCUCUAUAAGGCCAAGCAACAGCAUAGUGCAGAUGAGAUUGAAGAAGACUUUGGUGACUUGAUCGCAGGUAGCGACGCUGGUGUGGCAGAUGAGCCAGUGCAGCAGCAAACUCACUCGCCCACAACGCAAUCCACUUCUGGUCCUUGGAAGGCUGCCGUGGACUACCUCACGCCCAAGCUGAGUGAUGGAAACGCGGUUGAUCCAACGAAUCGUCCAAAAGCUCGUAAAGUAAUUGACGCAUUGGUAUAUGCGAGGAACGAAUCUGAAAUAGAUGUCGGUAUAGAUUUUUAUAGACGCUGGCAAUCAUUCAAACUCGGUGUAAAUCGUAAUGCACAUGCCGAUAUACUCAUAAACCUCUGCAAGCAAGGUAGAGCGGAUAUCGCUUUCGAGUUUUUAUCAGAUUAUCACAAAUUCAAUCUCACAUUACCUAACAGAGCAACAGCGAGAGCUAUUUCACUGGGAUUGCUUGAGAAGAAGGAUCACAUUGCUACACCUCUGCAACUGCUGCCGAUACUCAGAGCAUUCCAUUACAGACCACACGAUGCUUUCUGCGUUGCUAAUGCAAUCAGGGGAUUGGAAAAGGGUGACGAGAACCGCGUCGCGUUGCUUGAUUGGUUGAAGGGAUUGGAUGUGCGUAGGGUUAUACCAGUCGAUUCGUGGCAGCUGAACGAUGCACACAACGUUUGGAGUGAACUGCGCUCAAUUGCAGAGGAAGAAGGCAGAGGUGGUGAUUGGCUCGACAAGCUAGGCUCUAAAUUGACACAGCAGCUUUCCAAGGAGGAGAAAUACGCACAACGCAAAGCUAGAAAGCAGCAAGAAUGA